CCAAAAUAUCCGUGCUUCAGGACCUUUGACUAAGACAACGGAAACAUUUCGUAAAGUUUCCGAGAUCUUCUGGUAUAAAGGCAUCACAGUGAUAACAGCACCAGCACCUGCGUCUUUGCUACCAAUCAGCUCGCCUCGCACGAUCACAAUGUUGGCAAAUAUCCUGCUACCAUGGGUUUUCAUGGCCAUCUCCUUGGUCUACCUAUGGCUCACCAUCUUCAAACUCGCCAUCACCGGUGACGUCAAGACCCUGCUGUCCUAGUCCGCACUCAAAGAGGCCUGGUUCGGAGAGUUCUGGAAAUUCAUGGGGCCCAAAUCCAAAGCCAGAGGCGAGGACAAGGUCUUGCCACUCCUUGAGGGCCGGAUUCGAAAAGGGCGGGUUUCCGAAAGGGGGGCCAGCAAGCCCAUCGAGGGUGUUGUCCUCGAAAUUGGAGCUGGGAGCGGGAUGUGGACUGAAUCGCUCGCCACCGUCGUUCGAGCCGCCAAGGCCGAGUCUCGUGCAGCCCCGACCAAGAUCUAUGGCGUCGAGCCGAACCCGGUGUCCGCUGCAUCGCUGAAACGACGUGUGGAGGAGUUCGACUUGAAGGGAACUUAUCAGGUUGUGCCAGUGGGCAUUGAAGAUCUUCAAAAUGAGUCGGCCUGGGGCGGACGUAUCGAACCUGGUAGCGUCGACUGCAUCAUGACCGUUCAGUGUCUCUGCAGUAUUCCGGAGCCUGAGAAGAACAUACGGCUACUUUACAACUACCUGAAAAAAGGUGGUCGGUGGUAUGUCUUUGAGCAUGUCAAGGCGGAGCAAGGGCUACUCAUCCCCCUUUUUCAACGCUUCACGAACAUCUUCUGGGAGCACAUGAUGGGUUCUUGUCAACUGUGCCGGUCGACGGGGCAAACCUUGCAGAGUGUUGGCUCGUGGAGUGAGGUGGACUUGGCUCAGCCAGCGGGUGAGUCGAGUAGCGAUGUGAUCCCCCAUAUUGUGGGAGUCCUCACCAAGUAGUCGGUUGCGUAAACUACGUGACCACCUUGCUCUCAAGUGUAUUAUAUGCAACAACACAUUUUUCUUUCAUUCAAGAAUUUAAUUAUCAGGUCCUGAA